CUUUAUUUGAUAAAUCAGUUAUGUUCAUAAUAUAUAUAAUUUAUGUAAUUGAUCGAAAAUGCAACCAAAUUAAUAUACUGGACUAUAACACAUUGUUUGGCUCAAAUAUCAUUUUCUUCUUUUGUAGAAAAUACAUGUUGCCAUUUAGAUAAGCUUUGGCCUAAAUUGAACAAAAAAUUGAAGAAAUAUUGCCAUGAAACAACUUAGGACUUGGAUACAGCUGGUGAAGAUCUGGCCCAAACAGCUUAAGCAGGUUCAAAGUUAUGGUAGAACGCUUUGCACAGUAAGCUCUGCUGCUAACUUCACAAACUAUGAAGACGAAAAGAAGAAUUUUAAGAUAAAUGUUCCAGAAUAUUUUAACUUUGCUAAAGAUGUGAUUGACAGAUGGGCAGAGGCUGAAAAGAAAGGUGAAAGAGGUCACAUUCCAGCCCUCUGGUGGGUGGAUGAUGAAGACAAUCAACUUAAAUGGAACUUCAGAGAAUUAUCUGAGAAGUCCAUGAGAGUUGCCAAUGCCUUGCAGCAUGGACUUGGUCUAGAGAAAGGCGAUCGCGUAAUUGUUAUCUUGCCAAGACAACCUGAGUGGUGGCUGCUAAAUAUUGCAUGUAUACGAACAGGGACCAUCUUGAUACCAGGAACAACACAGUUGACAGCAAAAGACAUUAAGACGAGACUGAACCAGUCACAUGCUAAAUGUCUAAUCACAGAUGAAAGAACCUCACAUGUAGUAGAUCAGAUAGCCAAGGAAUGCCCAGAUUUGGAGGCUAAAGUUGUUGUAAUGGAAAAUCAGGAGAAUGAGGUGUCAACCAGGACUGGCUGGAAGGACUUUCAUUCCCUUUGCGCACAAUCAAAUAAGACCCAUGAGUGCCUGGACACCAAGAGCUCUGACCCAAUGACAAUCUUCUUCACGAGUGGCACCACAGCAUUGCCAAAGAUGUGUGAACAUAGUCAUGCUAGCUAUGGAAUGGGACAUGUCAUUACUGGCAGAUUUUGGCUAGAUCUCUGCCCAACUGAUAUACACUGGAAUAAUUCAGAUACAGGUUGGGCAAAAUCUGCUUGGAGCAAUGUUUUUGCACCAUGGAUACAAGGUGCUUGUGUUUUUGUACAUCACACCCCAAAGUUCGAUGUUAAAAAGACCUUAAAUACUCUACAAACCUACCCUAUAACAACAUUUUGUACAGCCCCCACUGCAUACAGGCUUUUAGUCCAAAGUGAUCUCAAGAAAUACAAAUUCCACUCUCUCAGACAUGCAAUAAGUGCUGGCGAACCUCUGAACCCUGAGGUGACAGAUGAAUGGUAUGAGGGUACAGGGCAGGUCAUCAGGGAAGGAUAUGGUCAGUCAGAAACUUGCCUACUUGUUGGAAGUUUCCGCUGCAUAGAAAACAAACCAGGCUCAAUGGGUAAACCGUCUCCAUGGUUUGACACCACCAUUGUAGAUGACAGUGGCAGGGAAGUGGGGCCAAAUACUGAAGGAGACAUUGCAGUGAAAGUUAAACCUAAUAGACCUAUUGGACUUUUUACAAAAUAUGUGGAUGAUCCAGAAAUGACAUCAUCAGCACAUAAAGGAGAUUAUUAUAUCACAGGUGAUCGUGCAUAUCGAGAUGAUGAUGGCUAUUUCUGGUUUGUUGGUAGAUCUGAUGAUGUCAUCAACUCAGCAGGGUAUAGAAUUGGUCCAUUUGAGGUUGAGAAUGCACUUAUAGAACAUCCAUCUGUUGCUGAAUCUGCUGUGGUCAGCAGUCCAGAUAAGCAGAGAGGGGAGGUUGUAAAGGCCUUUGUGAUAUUAAGUGAACAAUACAAGAAUGCAGAUAAGGAUGAAUUAAGAAAGGGACUGCAGGAACAUGUAAAACAGGUCACGGCUCCUUACAAAUACCCAAGAAAGAUUGAUUUUGUGGAUGAACUGCCUAAGACUGUUAGUGGCAAAAUUAGGAGAGUGGAGCUGAGGAAUCAAGAAUGGCACACAGGAAGUGAAAAUAUAUUUUGACUUUCUUGUUUACAAGAUACAUCAUAUAAUUGUAUUAGAGAUUUUAAUAUAUAUAGUUGUGCCAUGGGCUUUUUUUUAGAAAACCCAUUGAUAUGCAGUUAAGCCUGUGUAAUCCAAACCACAUCCGGGGCUGGCC